CCGUCGCGCUCCGUCUCUGUGCCGCCCACCACGGAUGCGCCCGUCCCCACCGUUCUCCAGCCCCGCUGGGAGCCGCUCGGGGGUCGCUGCAUCCCGAGCCCGACGGGGCCCUAAGAAAGAACCCUAAGGGGGGAAGCAGCUGUGCCCACCCUGCGCGCCUCUGUCCCCAUCUCGGUGUGCCAUUAAAGGACUGUGAAAGGCAGCUGUGCUGGGCUGGGAUCGCUGACUGCUCGUGGCCUCGUCCCCGGUGCCCCGCCUGGCUCACAGCCCAGCCCCACGUGCGUUCCUUCCCCCAUGCAGCCUGUCUGUAUUCCCAUCCCAUCCGUAUCCCUAUUCCGCCCCAUUCCAUCCCAUUCCAUCCCUAUUGCCAUCCCAAUCCUAUCUCCGAUCCCACCUGUAUUCCCGUCCCAUCUCUAUUCUUAUCCCCAUUCCAGUCCCUGUUCCCAUCCCAUUCCUUCUGACUCCAUUCCACUCCAUCUGAUCCCAUCCCCUUCCCCACCUUUAUUCCCAUCCCAUCCCUAUUCCAAUUCCUGUUCCUGUCCCCCCCUCCCCAUUUUAAUCCCUGUUCCCAUCCCACUCCCUUCCACGCCGUUCCACUCCAUCUAAUCGCAUCCCAUCCCCAAUCCAAUCCCUGUUCCCAUCCCAUUCCUCCCCUCUCCAUCUCGUCCCAUUCCCACCUCGCAGCUCCCCCCUCACACCUGCCCCCAGCGGAGCACCUGGGCGGUGACGGGCAGCACCGACAGCCAAUGGCUGCGAAGGAAGGAGAGUUGCGGGACCAAUGGGAGCGCGGGGCUGCCCCCCGGGGCGGAGCGGGGCGGAAAUCCCCGCUGUUCCCAGUGCGGCCGCGGCACUGCGCAGGAUGCGGGGCAAGGAUGAGGAGUACGACUUCCUCUUCAAGGUGGUGCUCAUCGGGGACUCGGGCGUGGGGAAGAGCAACCUGCUGUCCCGCUUCACCCGCAACGAGUUCAACCUGGAGAGCAAGAGCACCAUCGGGGUGGAGUUUGCCACCCGGAGCAUCCAGGUGGACAACAAGACGGUGAAGGCACAGAUCUGGGACACGGCCGGGCAGGAGCGGUACCGCGCCAUCACCUCCGCGUACUACCGCGGGGCGGUGGGAGCGCUGCUGGUGUACGACAUCGCCAAGUACCUGACGUACGAGAACGCCGAGCGCUGGCUGGCGGAGCUGCAGGACCACGCCGACGCCAACAUCGUCAUCAUGCUGGUGGGCAACAAGAGCGACCUGCGGCACCUGCGCGCCGUGCCCACCGACGAGGCCCGGAGCUUUGCAGAGAAGAACGGGCUCUCCUUCCUUGAGACGUCGGCUCUGGAUUCCACCAACGUGGAGAUGGCGUUCCACAACAUCCUCUCCGAGAUCUAUCGCAGCGCGGCGCAGCGGCAGAUCGCGGCGCAGCCCGAGGCGCAGUUCGGCCCCAGCAGCUCCGUGGAGCCCAUCCAGGUGCUGCCCACGCAGGACGGCCGCCAGGCGCAGUGCUGUCAGAGCAUCUGAGCCUCUGCUCAGCGCCUUCCUCAGCGACGCUGCGGGACGCUGCUGUGCGCUGCCUUCCUCCCCGCGUUUAUGAAGGACCUGCAGCGAGGGAAGGGAGAAGCAUCCCUGUGUUGUAUCCAUAUUUACGUAGGAGCUGCACAAAAGAGAACAGAAGAGCAUCUCUUCCUCAUCCCUGCACUGGUGUAGGACUUACACUAAGGGAGGGGAGAAACGUCUCUGUGUUGCCCCUGAAUUUAUGUAGGACCCACACGAAAGGGGAGGGAGAAACAUCUCCACGUUAUCCCUCAUGUUUACGUAGGAUCUGCGCCCUCCUGCUGGGGUUUGGGCUGCAUCACCCCCCAUGUCACCCCAACGUGUCCCCAUGUCACCCCCAUGUCCUCGCGUCCCUCCGCCACAGUCACAGCAGUUCCAGCAGUCCCUACAAAGGGAAGAGCCUCAGUAUCUGCUGGGUAUCCUCCCCCCCAGGGCAGCUGUGGGGGAGCAGCGGGGUCCCCAGGAGGGCGUCCCCAUCACGGGGUGUCGGGGGGGCUGGGGGGUCCCUCUGUCCCU